UGCCUGAAGCUCGCGAUAGUAGGGCUGUUGGCGGAGCAUGCGCAGGAGCGCCAGCUCUUCUUUGAGGGCGAAGUCGUGUGGCAGCUCUGCUGACUGAGAGGUCGCCAGGGUCGCGGAGGGAAAGAGCCGCGCAGCCGUCGGGAUGUGGUACGAGAUCUUGCCCAGCUUGGGCCUCAUGUACGUGUGCCUGGUCAUCCCCGGCGUGAGCACCGCCUACAUCCACAGAUACACCAACGGGGGCAAGGAGAAGAGAAUUGCUCGGAACACCUAUCAGUGGUACCUGCUGGAGAGAGACAAGCGUGUGUCUGGAGUAAAUCAGUACUAUGACUCCAAGGGUUUGGAGAACAUUAAGUAAAACCACGGUGCAAUGAAAGCAACUUAAUAAACAUGUAUUUGACAAAGUGUGGAGCAUAUUGAUUAUAAUCUCACGAGGAGAGAGGACAAUAAGCUUCUAAUACUGUACCAAUAAAAUUGCAAUAAAGAAAUAAAAUACAGAUUGAAAUAA